ACCUACAGACCCCAGACCCCAACCUCCCCUGCUCUCCCCCCAGGCUGUGGCCGUGGGCGAUGUGAGGCGGGAGCUGACGUUCUGUAAGAAGACGGGCUUACGAGUUCUCGGCAUCGUGGAGAACAUGAGCGGCUUUGUCUGCCCCCACUGUUCCGAGUGCACAAACAUCUUUUCCAAAGGGGGAGGUGAGGAGCUGGCCAAGCACGCUGGCGUCCCCUUCCUAGGCUGUGUUCCCCUGGACCCCCAACUCAGCCAGAGCUUGGAAGAAGGCAGAGAUUUCAUCCAAGAGUUUCCCAAGAGCUCUGCCUUCCCUGCCUUGGUUCACAUCGCCCAGCAGAUCUCGGAUGGGACGUCACAGCAGAGCUCCUGA